AUGGAUAACUCGCCAAUAGUUGUCGAUAAUAACAAAUCUAGAAAACGAAUCAGAGAUCCCACAAAAUGGAAAAGAAAUUUGGAGAAAUUGGAGCGAGAGAAUAGAGAGAAUAUAAGAGAAUUACCCACAUUGUCCUAUUAUGAUAAGCUCCUACCUCAAAAUAUAGAUAGCGGAAGAUGCGAACUACAUGAAGAAGAAAACGAAGAAGCAUUUGUCAAGAAAAUUUUGAUCUACCUGAUGGGAAUUCCAAUUGUUUCCAAGAACCGAAAAGACAGGAUAGAAGCAAUAGCCAAAUACUUAGUAAAUGCCUCUCAUAACAUUGUCUGUUUGCAAGAGAUUUGGAGUGAGAAAGAUUAUUUAUAUUUAAAAAAGCAGCUACAAAAUUAUCUUCCGUUUAGCCAUUACUUCUACAGUGGAGUCCUUGGUUCUGGUCUGUGUGUGUUCUCAAAAUGGAUGAUACAAGAUGUUUUCUUCCAUCAAUGGCCACUCAAUGGAUAUAUUCAUAAAAUACACCACGGAGAUUGGUUUGGAGGAAAGGGGGUCGGCUUGUGCAGAAUCAAAUGUAACAAUAGGCUUAUUAAUGUCUAUUGCACACAUUUGCAUGCAGAGUAUAAUGAAGAUGAUAUAUAUUUAGCACAUAGAGUAUUACAAGCAUAUACAACUGCAGAAUUUGUUAAUCUAACUACAUCUCCAGCUGACGUGUCCAUACUUGCUGGUGAUUUAAACACUGCGCCUGGUGACUUAUCAUAUAGAUUAAUUACUCAUGUUCCAAUGCUUAUUGAUCCCUGCCGUUUAGAAUGUAAAAAUAAUGACAGCAUUGAUAAAUUUUUAGGAACUUGUGAUAAUAUUAACAAUAGUUAUUCUGAUCCCAAGCUUGUGAAAGUUUGUCCGCAAGGCAAAAGAAUAGAUCACAUUCUGUUUCAUGUUAAUCCUUCCUUGGAGGCUGAGGUGGUUAAUUUUGGCAACCCACUAGAACAUCGAGUUCCUGGCAAACAAUUUUCAUAUUCUGAUCAUAAUGCUGUCAACUUGGAAUUAAGAAUUACACCAUCGACCAAUCAAAUAAACCAAAGACAAUUAAGCAUGGAAGAGCAUCUUCAUGAUACCAUACAAGAAGCGAUUAAUGUUUGUAAAGAAGCAACUGUAACAAUUGCAAAGUCAAAAAAAAUAUUUAUAACAACUGGAGGCCUUAUUUUUAUGUUCUUAUUAGGUUCUGUAGAUUUUUGGCCGAAUAACAUAUUUUCUGAUAUAUUUAAAAUCAUAAUAACUGGUAUUAGCUUCUACUACAUUAUCAUGGGAACACUGUGGAAUAGAAUUGAAAUGAAUAGUUUGAAAGCUGGUUUAACUGCUCUAGAAAAUUUCUACAAAAGUAGAAAUGAUGAUCUAAUAAAUAAAUAAUAAUAUUGCAUA